AUGCAAAAACUGUCCAUUUUCAAGGGCAUUUCCCAAGACAAAAACGACGUCUUUCACGAUCCAAGUUUGCUCCUCAGCUCUGCCGUAACUUACGACAUUUAUUACCACGGCACGACGUCUUGCAAAGGCACUGGCGACAAAACUGAUGCAAAAAGAGCACUUGAUCAAUUCCAUGGGAAAUCUUCUCAAAGUACCAUUUCCAUCAAUUGCCGGCAAAUUGUGAUCAAAAGUGGACUUGAAGAAAUUUUCAAAGCAAAUCUUUAUGAUAUCAGCUACUCAGUCGUGCUAGAAGGUUCCUUGUUGUUUGCAGUCAAAAUGGGACCGAAAAAGUUUCAAUGGCAUCGAGCAGAAUCAAGAGAGAUCAACAGCGUCAACAAAUGCAUCGGACAGGCGUUCGAUCUUGCCUACCACCUCUGGUGUGGCAGCGCCCAAAAACAGCACGAAACUCAUCACGCUGAAAUUCACCAAAUCGAGUCCAGGCUCAAGAGCUUAGAGAAUCAUUAUCGUGCUCUGCGUAGAAAAGUCGACGACUUGAAAACGCACCAAAAACAUCAAUUAUCGAUGGAAGAUACGGUCAUUUCUUCAGAGGAAGAAAGAUUGGAAAUUCCCAUUUUGCCCUUCAACCGGAGUAGAAGGGGAAGUCGUGCCUCUGGUCUUGGAAUUCUCGGAGGUGAUUCUUCAUCCGAUAUUGUCUCCAGCUCUGGAAGCGAGGAGAUUCCAUCAUUUCGGCGGCCAGACUGGGUAGGCACCAAUGAAAUGAAUCUACCGCCUGGUCCGGGCCCGACGCUGCAAGUCCAAGUUCCAUCUCUUAAUCCUUCUCCCUCUCCAUCACCAACACCAAGCUCAAGCCUCCUUCCUUCAAUUCUCAAGAAUCGAAUGGGCUUAUUCGAUCUCAACAGAGACAACUCUCCGAGGAAGAGUCAUAAAAGAAUCACAAUAACUGACGAAAACCCGCAAACUUCUGAAGACGGAAUGCGCAGAAGAAAGUCGUUCUCAGAGAGCAGUGGGAUGACGAAUAGAUUCAUGGGCCCAACGCAUAUCGGAGGCAACUUGGAAAAUCUCAGGGAAAACAUUUAUUCGGACGAUAAUUCAGAUGGACUUUCAAAUCUAGGGAGGGCGAAGAUUCCAUCGCCGUUUCCUGUCCCCUUAGCUGAGGCUGGUUACUCAUUCGAUCUUCCAGGAAGCCCAGUAUGCAUGGAGCAAAGAACUUCUGAGUGUUACAGACAUACUGAAGGAAAUUGUUCACUGAGUCACUUUUGGUAG